AUGGACUCGAUGGCCGUCGAGCCGACCGGUUUCUUUGCGCAGAACCCGAACCUGCGCGAGUUUGCCUGCGGUGGCACGGCCGCCGCCAUCAACAUCGUCCUAACCUUCGUGCCCAACAAGAUCAUGUUCCGCCAGCAACUCUAUGGCUCAUCCACCGUCCAAGCGUGGCAAAGCCUCCAGCAAGACGGCUGGAACAUGCUGUACCGCGGCGUGCGCCCGCCGCUCAUGCAAGCCGCGGCCGCCAAGUCGUUCAUGUUUGGCCUCUACAACUGCUACAACGACGCCAUGACGGACGAGUAUGGCAACCACAUCAACGGCAUUGCGACGUCGCACUACGCGGCUUUUCUCUCGGGGACGUCCGAGGCGAUUUUGACACCGUUCGAGCGCGCGCAAACCCUUCUGCAAACGGUCAAGUACAACAACGAGUUCAAGGGCGCGAUCGACGCCUUCUAUCGGAUCAGCAUGCUCGGCGUACGCGAGCACUACCGAGGGCUCUCGGCGAACGUGCGCGACUUCUUGCCCGAGACGACGACGCCGCACACGACGCUGGCCGCCGACUUUGUCUCGGGCGCGGUCCUCGGCGCCUUUCUCAGCACACUCUUCUUCCCCCUCAACGUCGCCAAGACGCGCAUGCAAAGUAUUUAUGGUGGCGAGUACAUUGGUGUCGCCGAGGCCCUCCGAUUGACGUACGUCGAACGCGACCACAGCUGGCGACACGUCUACCGAGGCGUGCACAUCAACUUUGUCCGGUCGCUUGUUUCGUGGGGCAUCAUCAACUCGGCCUAUGAGAAGCUCAAGCUUCUGACCGAGUAG